UCAGGGUGAGAAACUUCGGUCACCAUUGCUUCGAGUGUAAACGGUAAUUUUACAAAAAUUGUAAUACAUGUUUCUAUACGACGAUGUAACGAUCGAUAAACGACACCGCUGGCUGCAAAUACAUAUAAAUAUUGCGAAAUUGAAUCGAUGCCGUUCGUCACGCCACUGAAUCUAGCGACUCUACAGCCUCAUGGUCGUUUGAUGACUCACCACGGGCAUAGAAAAAUGAAUAUUUUGAGAAAUAUAUCAGCGACCUUUUGGUCACCGGAUAUUUGGUUGCCUCCUAAUAUAACAUGGGAUGACAUCAGUCCAAACUCAGACAAUAAUUAUGCUAAUUAUCAACAUUUAAUAUGUCCCUUGCCUAUGGCAUUCAUUCUCUUAGGAAUAAGAUUUAGUUUGGAAAGGUAUUUGUUUGCUCCUUUUGGCAGAUCUCUUGGUAUAAAAAAUAGCAAAAAUAAAAAGGCAGUAUCCAAUGAAAUAUUAGAAAAAGCAUAUCUCAGCAAGAAAACUAAAUAUAAGCAGAUUUUGGCAAUGGCUAAACAAUUAGAUUGGUCUGAAAGGCAAGUAGAGCGAUGGUUACGACUACGUCGUUCUCAAGAUAAACCAUCUACACUUACGAAGUUCUGUGAAAGCUGUUGGAGAUGUUUGUAUUAUACAUAUUCAUUCGUUUAUGGCCUUUACAUUCUAUGGGAUAAACUAUGGCUUUGGGAUAUCAAGUACUGUUACUAUGGUUAUCCGUAUCAUCCAGUUACCAGUGACGUAUGGUGGUAUUAUAUGAUAUCAAUGGCAUUUUAUUGGGCAUUAAGCUUUUCUCAAUUUUUCGAUGUAAAGAGGAAAGACUUCUGGCAAAUGUUCAUUCAUCAUAUAGCCACAAUAUUGCUUAUGUGUUUCUCGUGGGUUGGAAACCUAACAAGGAUUGCUCUGGUCUUAUUGGUACAUGAUUGUGCAGAUAUAUUUAUGGAGGUGGCAAAAAUGGCCAAGUAUGCAAAUUAUCAGAAAGUGUGUGAUUGUGUAUUCGGCAUAUUUACAAUACUAUGGAUUGUGACACGUGUGGGUAUUUAUCCAUUUUGGAUAAUUUACAGCACGUCUAUAGAAGCGCCUAAGAUAGUGCCGAUGUUCCCUGCUUACUAUAUCUUUAAUUCUUUAUUAUUUUUACUACUGUUUCUUCAUGCGAUUUGGACUUAUUUAAUCAUUAAGAUCGCAUAUCGCGCUUUCAAUGCUGGUCAGAUGGAGGGUGAUAUUCGCAGUAAUAGCAGCGACGAAGUAUCCGACACUUCAGUCAAUAAUACUCCCAUAAACAAUACCGCAAAUUACAUUAACAAAUCGAAUUCAAAACCGAAAGCCCACUAACAAAAACAACACGCUAGACGAGUUAUUUUAGUAACCGUUUCCAAGGCAGAGAGUUCAUCCGGGCAUUUAUCCAGGUGCUAAUCUCUUCCUACUAUUAUAAUAAAAUCUUCAAUGCGAUUUUAAUCUCAUAAUCUAAAACUUUAACAUUAACGUAUCUAUCUAAUCUCAUGAAAUUUAAAUAUAUCUUACAUAUAUUUUUUUUUCUACUUUCCUUUCGGUGGUAUUUUUCUUGAAGCAGUCCAAUGCUUCGUGACAAAUUUGUCAGAUAUUUGUGUAUAGACGAGUAAUAUGGAUAAAGGACAACGAAAACAAAUGGGGACAAUCCUUAUUAUUCGUAUCAUUAGUUUAUACAUCUUUACGCUAUUUAAGAAUUAAUUAUAUACUUCUUUAACGAAUUCUUAAUGCUUAGUUAAGAUAAGAAUGGACCAAAGCUGCAAGACGUUCAGUGUCUGAACUGUAUCGAUUGUCUCAAAGUCUCCGAUAUCGUAUAACUAUUUUGAAGAAAAAAAAAAACAUAACGUAUUUAUUUAUUUUCAUAUGCUUUGUGAGCGUCAGUCAGUAAUCAAUAAGUGAGUCAGUCAGUAAUGAAUAACUCAUAAUAAAUUUCUACUAAUUAAUCACAUAUUCUCUCUCUCUUUAAGAGAUCUCUUUCAGCGUAAAGUUCAACCAAAAAUAUUUGUGUACUAGUGCAUAAUCCGCAAAUUGCGAUGGUAUUUAGUUUAGCAUAUUACAAUAUAUUCCGCGGUAUUUAUGUCGCUUUAGUCGCUGGAACAAGCUACUUUUUGCAUUUGUCAAUGAAUCAAUGUUAUAUAAAAUUGUACGUUGUACUUACAUGUGAGUCUGCAAAUCAUCGGCAUUAAUUAUUCUUACAAUAUAUAAUACGACUGCAAUCGUCCUCGUGUAUCUCUAAUAAAAUUUUUUGCUGAUUCUGAAAUUUA